AUGAUUAGAAUCACUAGAACUAUCAGGACCUUGGCUCCAAGGUCCUUAAAGUCCUUAAGGUAUUUAUCCCAGUCUAAACCUAUCGCGGCUACCACCCCAAUUCCAGAACUUCACGUUAGUGAUCCUGAGUUCCGUCUUGAUUACGCUGAUGGAAGAGACCUUUCAAAAUUUGGUACCAAACCCAUCUAUUUGGAUUUACAAGCUACCACUCCAACUGAUCCAAGAGUUUUGGAUAAAAUGAUGCAAUUCUACACUGGAUUAUACGGGAAUCCUCAUUCAUCAACCCAUGCCUACGGUUGGGAAACUGAUAAAGAGGUUGAAAAAGCUAGGGAGUACGUAGCUAAUGUAAUUAAAGCCGAUCCAAAGGAAAUCAUUUUUACUUCAGGAGCUACCGAGUCCAAUAAUAUGGUCAUCAAAGGUAUCACAAACUUCUAUAAGAACACAAAGAAACAUGUCAUCACUACUCAAACUGAACAUAAAUGUGUACUUGACUCCUGUAGAUAUAUCCAAGAAAACGGUUGGGAUGUUACCUAUUUACCUGUCAAUUCAGAAGGUUUAAUAAACAUUGAAGAUUUGAAAAACGCCAUCCGUAAAGAUACUAUCUUAGUAUCAGUAAUGGCUGUCAAUAACGAAAUUGGUGUUAUCCAACCCCUCAAAGAAAUCGGAGAUAUUUGUAGAAAAAACAAAAUUUUCUUCCAUACUGAUGCUGCUCAAGCUUAUGGUAAAAUUCCAAUUGAUGUCAAUGAAAUGAAUAUUGAUUUAUUAUCAAUCUCAUCUCACAAGAUUUAUGGACCUAAAGGAAUUGGUGCUUGUUACGUCCGUAGAAGACCAAGAGUCAGAUUAUCACCAAUUAUCAAUGGUGGUGGUCAAGAAAGAGGUUUAAGAUCAGGUACCUUAGCCCCACCUUUAGUUGCAGGAUUUGGUGAAGCUGCUAGAAUCAUGACUGAAGAAAUGGAUUACGAUAAGAAACAUAUCGUCAAAUUAUCAAACAAAUUGAAGAACAGUUUAUUGACCAUUCCUGAAACCUUCUUUAAUGGUCCUGCUGAUGAAUCAAAACAUUAUCCUGGAUGUGUUAACGUUUCAUUUGGUUUCAUUGAAGGGGAAUCCUUGAUUAUGGCUUUAAAAGAUGUUGCUUUAUCUUCAGGUUCAGCUUGUACUUCAGCAUCAUUAGAACCAUCAUACGUUUUACACGCUUUAGGAGCUGAUGAUACCUUAGCUCAUUCUUCCAUCAGAUUUGGUGUUGGAAGAUUUACUACCGAAGAAGAAAUCGAUUAUGUUAUCAAUGUUGUUAAUAAGAGAGUGGAAUUCUUAAGAGAAUUGUCACCAUUAUGGGAAAUGCACCAAGAGGGGAUUGAUUUGAAUAGUAUCGAAUGGACAGGACAUUAG